UUUUGGUUCAGGCGCAAGCCCUCUGUAGGAUUUUUUUGCGAACGGCGAGGCGCACGAUCGGCACCAUAAGAGAUGUCAGUGCGCUUGCAGCUCCUCGCCCUGGCGCUGCUACCAAAUGCGGCGCGGGGCGAGCUGGAGGCCUUCGGCGUUGCGGCCGAUUGGAACCUGCUCGCAGAGGCUGCAGACACGCUUGCACGCGGCAGCAGCUCGGGUAGCGAGGCGUGCGUGGUGGAGCCAGCGGAAUUCAGGGACGACGUGGACUUCUACGUCGUCGAAUGUAAACACACGGCAAAGAUCGUGGAGUUGCGGCUCAAGGGCGACAAUCUCUAUCUUGGCAGGGAUCCUCUCAGCGGCGGUACCCUGACAGUGGCGCUGGGCGUCGCCAACAGCGGCAGCCUUCACGUGGUGCAGUCUUGUCCCGGGCACAGGCGGCCAGACGGGGAUGGAGAAUGGGGCCAGUGCAGGCCGUACACCUUUGAUCUGUACCGUGUUGCUGGCGACUACGGGUCGCUGUCCACGCUGGCUGUCAAUGGCAAGAGCCCCCUGAGCUCGGGGCUCAUGACGUUGAGCCCCCGCUUCAGCCCGGUUGCCCUCGAGUACAGCGCCACCCUGCUGCUUGGCGAGCCCUUCGAGGUGAUGGCGGUGGCGAGGGAGGCGCAGAGCUCGGUCGGCAUAGCGUACGGCUCGUACGACUCCUGUUGCGUGACUGCUGGGGCGGGCCGCGACUGCGAGAAGGGCAGCGCCAGCCACGAGCAUUGGCGCCUGGAGAGCCCCAGCGCCACUGGCCAGUACGUGUACACCGUCUGCGCAAUUGCGCCUGAUGGCAAGAGCGUGACGAGCUACAGGCUCAACGUCCAAGUCCGCAAGGCCUACAGCGCGGAGCUCGCGUCCAUCGAAAUUCAAGGCCUGGAUGGUGCGGUCCAGCUGACGCCCACGUUCUCUCCCGACGUGCGGUCGUACGUUGUGCUGCUGCCCAGGGCCAGCGCGAGGUUGAGCAUCCCGCUGCAGGUGACAGCGGAGGAUCCACGGGCCGAGGUUGCAGUCAUGAGCAGCAGCGGGCCCGAUGGCGUCGGGACAGAUGAUCCCGUCCGCAGCCGCGGCAGUGCAAACGUGAGCCUUCGCAUGAAGGACAACGACGCUAGGAUCCUCCAGGGCCUCUCCCCUGAGUGGAACCUCGUGACCGUCUUCCGCGUUACCUCCGCGGAUGGGGAGGCCUCCCGGAACUACCAGGUCACCUUCCAGCAGCAGGUGAGCAAUUUUUCAUCGUUGCAGGACAUAUCGGUGCCCCACUGCAAUCUCUCGCCGCCGUUCAGUCCAGAGGUCACAGAGUACUCGUGCGUCUGGAAGUACGACAGCGGUUAUGACUCGGCCGACAUUGCCCCUGUCAUCGACGAGGAGGAUUGUGUGGCAUGUGAGAUCCAGAUGCCGACGCCCCCCUAUCCGGCCGCCAGCCGCGACUCCGACGACGACCUCAGCCACGACCUGCACCUGGACCUGGAGUCUCCAGAGCGGAUCCAGAAGUGGCAGUCGAACCGGACGUGGAGCUCAAGGUUCCUCUACGGCGAGAGGCGCACUUGGGGUCGAUGUGAAAGCUGAGUUCUACCCCAAGAAAAAACAGUGUUAGCCAGCGUGGGCCACGAACUGUAGGCUAUGGCACACUCGAUGUGCAAGCCAUGUGUUGUAUGCUAUGCGAUGCGUUUUGUAUAUGGUUCAGUAUAUGUAGAGGCUGCUUGUUUAGGUUCUGGCGAUAACCUGGGUUAUCGGGCUCGCCCCCCCUGGAUAAUUUCACCCUGUCGGUUGAUCUGGUCCAGACAGAUCUUUCAGCAUUCCCGGACGGCGCUCGCAUCGUCGCAGCACGAAUAGUAGCAUCGCCGC